AUGGAUCUGAAUAACGGAAAGCCACUAUCACCAUGGAAAGCUCCAUCACGGAUAUCAUUAAAGCGUAUUCGUCAUAAAAUAAAUUCUGACUUGUCGCUUCAACCAUUCUCAUCAUCAAUAGUUGAAAAAAAUUCUCAAAAACAAACUGGAAAACGAAAUCGCAGUGUUAUUAAUAAAUUUGCACUAGCACGAUCAAUAUCAACGCCAACAGCAGAUGAAAAUUUUACACCACCAAUAACAGAAAAAACAAAUCAUGAUGAACAUCUUCUUGCACGUUUGCAUCAAAUAAUGCCACCACCAGUACCAAAUGAUAGUCAAUUUAGUGCAGCUUUCAAAAGUUUUUCAUUUGAAGAAACAUUUAAUAGUCCUGAAUCAAACCAAAGUUCUGAUGAAAUCGUUGCUUCAUUUCCAAUUGAUUGGUCAUUAAAAUCAUCAUGUCGGUUCUAUUCUCUUAAUUCAUCGUCGUUUUUAAAUAAUUUUAUGAAACUUCGUUCUAUUGAUGAAUCUCUUGCAUUAGAAUAUAUUUGUUCAAAUAUAUCGCAAGAUAAUGAAAAAGCUCUUUUUCGCUCUCUAACAUCAUAUUGGACUUAUCCGCAUAUAGCUUGGCUACGAUUAUUCCCCCGUGCACAACAACAACAACAAACCAAUGCUAAUUUUUCAUCAUUGGACGAACAAGCACAAAUCGUUUUACAAGAUGAAUGGAGAGUCGCAUUUCAAUCUCUUUUCCAAGCAUUUCGAACAAAACAUUCUUCAUUUUUUUAUAUGUGUACACAUACGUUUAAUAUUUUAUUUCGAGAAGACUCAACAUCACAAAUUAUGGCAAUCAUUAGUCCAACAACCAGUGGAUUAAGAUCAACACUUGAACGAGAAGGAAUUGAAUUUACGAUGACUGAUGGUGGUGACUCAUUGAAUAACUCAGCAAAUAAGAAUAUUGACGAAGAGAACGACGAAAAUGGGGAUGAGAAUGAUGUAACAUGUGCUCAAUGGUUAGAAGAUAUGGGCUUAUCAACAUCUUCUUCAACCAAUUCAAAUAAUGAUCGACGAUGUUUAUCAUCAAGUAAAAAGCCUUCAAAUGGAAAAACACGUGCAACAACAAUUUUCAUCCGAGAUUUAUCUUCUGUAAAUAGUUUAUUUAAUUUUCUUUUAAAUAAAUCUCAACGAACAUGCAUGUCACUAACUGGACCAUUGACAGGAAUUCCUCCAACAUUGAUUUCACCACGUCCAUUUCUUAAUGCAACAUUAAAAUAUUUAAAUGUUCAUUUUCAAUCGAAUUCAAUGGUUACAAUUGAUGGUGGUCCUCUUUUACCGGAUCGCAUGAAAGGUUUAUGGAAUCUUUUUACAGAAAAACAUCAACAUAUACAAAUGAUAUGCACAAAUGUUGAACGAACAUCAACAUUAAAUUUAAAUGGUGAACAAGGUCGAACUAUUAAACAAAUCUCUAUUAAUGAUAAACGAGAUUUACGUGUACAAUUUGCAACAGUUUGA